AGAGAUUUCUCCACAAACCCUAACUCUUCCGCUUUGCUCUUUCUUAUAAAUAGGCUCAAACUAGCAUUUCUUCAGUGCUUUGUUCUCUGUAAUCUGCAUAUUAGUUUUGGAGGCUAGGGUAUUGUAGCUAGUUUAUCUCUUUUCAUCAGCUUAAAAAUCGAGUUCUAAAAUGGGCAAGGAGAAGUUUCAUAUCAACAUUGUGGUCAUUGGCCAUGUCGACUCUGGAAAGUCAACCACUACUGGUCAUCUCAUCUACAAGCUUGGAGGUAUUGACAAGCGUGUGAUUGAGAGGUUUGAGAAGGAAGCUGCUGAGAUGAACAAGAGGUCUUUCAAGUAUGCCUGGGUGCUUGACAAGCUCAAGGCUGAACGUGAGCGUGGUAUCACCAUUGAUAUUGCCCUGUGGAAGUUCGAGACCACCAAGUACUACUGCACUGUCAUUGAUGCUCCUGGACAUCGUGAUUUCAUUAAGAAUAUGAUUACUGGUACUUCCCAGGCUGACUGUGCUGUGCUUAUCAUUGAUUCGACCACUGGUGGUUUUGAGGCUGGUAUUUCUAAGGAUGGCCAGACCCGUGAGCAUGCUCUUCUUGCUUUUACACUUGGUGUGAAACAAAUGAUCUGCUGCUGUAACAAGGUAUACAUUAUUUUUAUAUCUUAUUUUCUUCUGUUAUACAAUUCAAGCAACUUCUUUGCAUUUUACAGAGAUUUUGUUGUGUCUUUCAUUGUUGUAUCCUUCCUAAGGGCUAAUAAUUUUAAAGGUUAUGCACCAGUUCUUGAUUGCCACACGUCCCACAUUGCUGUCAAAUUUGCCGAGCUCCUGACCAAGAUAGACAGGCGUUCUGGUAAAGAGCUUGAAAAGGAACCCAAAUUCUUGAAGAAUGGUGAUGCUGGAAUGGUUAAGAUGAUUCCAACCAAGCCCAUGGUGGUUGAGACUUUCUCUGAGUACCCCCCUCUUGGACGAUUUGCUGUGAGGGAUAUGCGCCAGACUGUUGCCGUUGGUGUUAUCAAGAAUGUUGACAAGAAGGAGCCAUCUGGUGCCAAGGUGACCAAGGCUGCUGCCAAGAAGGGUGUCAAGUGAACUUUGAUGCCUGGGAUCUACUGCUGCUUUAAUUACUACAGAUAUUUCCAUUAUUAUCAUAAAGACUUGCUUUAUCUUAUUCAUGUUGUUUCGAGUCGUUUAUCUCGUGUUGCUGGUUGUUUUCCUUGUCCUCGUCAGUUGUCUUCGCUGUCUGGUUAUGGUUCCCAGAAUUGGGUGCUAGACAGGCGGUGGCGACGCUGGCAUGUGAGUUAUUUGUCUAUUUUGAUAUUUUGACAUUGCUUUAUAUUUAAGGUUUCUGAUAAUUUUGUGUUCUUCUCGAGA